AUGCCAAAAGCUGUUCCUCCAUCUACAACCGAGAGCAGUACUGCUCAUCCAUAUGCUCGUAGGAAUCUCGAGGGCGGGAACCAUCUCUUUGAAAAAUCGGUAUUUAAUUUGACGGAACUGCAACUCAACUAUGAACGAAAACCGCAGAAUGAUGAUCUACAUAUCUUCUCUCGAAGUGCACGUCGAGAAAAUCCAUACACAAAUGCUCAGGCUCGAAUCGAACUAGUCUCACUACGGAGAAAAUCAUCGCUGACGCACGAUUUUAUCUCUAGCUAUGGGUAUUGGCCUCUUGCCCCUGAACUAUUGGUCCCGUUAAAGAGUCAACAUCCGAGGACAACCAGAAACAAAGUAGGGAGGAUGCAAUUCGACGUUUCACAAGCAAAAUCGAGGCUUCUAGAAUUACAGAGAAUUAACUCAAGACUGGAGCAAGCAUUGCCCGCGACCCUAAAAUGA